CUAUAUUGCCAAAAGUAUUGGGACUCUACCCCUCCAAAUCAUUGGAUUCAGGUGUUCCAAUCCCUUCUGUGGCCACAGUAAUAUAAAAUCAAGCACCUGGGAAUGCUGACUGCUUCUACAAAUAUUUGUGAAAGAACGGGUCGCUCUCAGAAGCUCAGUGUAUUCAAGCGUGGUACCGUGAUAGCAUGGUACCAUGAUAGGUUGCCACCUGUGCAAUAAGUCCAUCCGUGAAAUUUCCUUGCUACUAAAUAUUCUACGCUCAACUGUUAGUGGUAUUAUAACAAAGUAAAAGCAAUUGAGAACAACAGCAACUCAGCAACAAAGUGUUAGGCUGCAUAAAAUGACAGAGUUGGGUCAGCGCAUGCUGAAGCGCACAGUGCGCAGAAGUCUCCAACUGUCUGCAGAGUCAAUAGCUAAAGACUUCCAAACUUCAUGUGGCCUUCAGAUUAGCACAACAGUGCGUAGAGAGCUUCAUGGAAUGGGUUUCCAUGGUCAAGCAGCUGCAUCCAAGCCUUACAUCACCAAGUGCAAUGCAAAGCAUCGGAUGCAAUGGUGUAAAACACGCCGCCACUGGAAUCUAGAGCAAUGGAGACGUGUUCUCUGGAGUGAUGAAUCACGCUUC